AUGACUCGGAGAGAAGAGACGGAGAGAGAACGAGACCGACAUUUCUUCUCCCCAGAUGACGUCCAGGCUGCAAUUUUGAGUCCAGUGAAUGUCUGGGUCUCGUCACCAAAACGACAGCGCCAAGCCCGAGAAUCUUCGAAUGUGUGGAGCUUCCAUGACGCCUCUCUCCGUCUGGAAAUGGAAACUUGCGUGUUCUAUCUUCCUCAUUCGACAUACUGGCCUGGGCCUGUGCUUGGAGUAAGUCCGGUGUCUGAGUAUCCUCAUUCAUUCUGUCAAUUGUUCUCAUUCCUGGAAGGCUGCCAGUAUGCAGACAGGCAGAGUCGAGUUUCCACCUGGAAGGCUUUCGAUCUAUCGAUCAUCGUCGAAUAUCUUCCUGAGAGGCCUUUGAAAUGUUAUAAAUACACCCAUCUUCGCUGGCCAGAGACUCUUUUUUUUUCAUCAUCCGCUUCAAUCUCAAUCAAUCAUCUCAUCAAGCAAUCUUCUUCGCUUUUUCAAGCUUCAAACUUCCCAUCUAUCAAAAUGGCCCCUAUCCAGAACACAGUUGUUGUUAAGGCUGCUCCCGGCGGUGGCUGCGUUGUCAUGUAA